AACAUGUCCACUGUCAAGGAGCAGCUAAUUCAGAACCUAGCUCCAGAUGAAAAACAAUCCCGGUGUAAGAUCACUGUGGUCGGAGUUGGAAAUGUGGGCAUGGCGUGUGCCAUUAGUAUUUUACUGAAGGGUCUGGCUGAUGAACUUGCCCUUGUUGAUGCUGAUGAGAACAAACUGAAGGGAGAGGCACUGGAUCUUCUGCAUGGCAGCCUUUUCCUCAGCACUCCAAAAAUCGUCUUUGGAAAAGAUUACAGUGUAUCUGCCAACUCCAAACUGGUUAUUAUCACUGCUGGUGCAAGAAUGGUGAGUGGAGAAUCUCGUCUUGCCCUGCUCCAACGUAAUGUCACUAUCAUGAAAGCCAUCGUUCCCGGCGUAAUCCGAAACAGUCCGGACUGUAAAAUAAUGGUUGUCACAAACCCAGUGGAUAUUUUGACAUACGUGGUUUGGAAGAUAAGUGGCUUCCCUGUAAGCAGUGUGAUUGGAAGUGGCUGUAACCUAGACUCUGCUCGUUUCCGUUACCUGAUUGGAGAGAAGCUGGGUGUCAACCCUUCGAGCUGCCAUGGCUGGGUUCUUGGAGAACAUGGGGACUCCAGUGUGCCCAUAUGGAGUGGUGUGAACAUUGCUGGCGUAACUCUGAAGUCACUGAACCCAGCAAUAGGAUCCGACUCCGAUAAGGAACAGUGGAAAAACGUUCACAAGCAGGUGGUGGAUGGUGGCUAUGAGGUCCUUAACCUGAAGGGCUAUACCUCUUGGGCCAUUGCACUGUCUGUGACUGAUAUCGCUGCAUCAAUCUUGAAGAAUCUUAAGAGGGUGCAUGCUGUUUCUACGCUGGUUAAGGGCUUAUAUGGGAUAAAGGAAGAAAUCUUCCUCAGUAUCCCGUGUGUCUUGGGACAAAGUGGCAUCACAGACCUUGUGAAAGUCAACAUGAACACCGAGGAGGAAGCUCUUUUUAAGAAGAGUUGCGACAUACUCUGGGACAUCCAGAAAGAUCUGAAAAUAUAAAGUCUGCACCUUCGACUGUUUGAUAACCACCAUCAUUCAUAAAUUCAAUAAAAGUUUGGAAACCUAAAACACCAGUCUCAAGGUUAGAAAGAUUAAUGCCAAAGGCAUCUCUCCCCUCCCCUCCUUUUUUU